AUGUAUCAGAGCAAGAAGACUGCAGCGGCAAUGAGGUGGCAUGCUGAACACCAAGCAAAAGACGGAGAAAUGUGUCAUCCAUCUGAUGCGGCCGAGUGGAAAAACUUCCAAGGAAUACAUCCCCAGUUUGCCGAAGAACCGCGUAACGUUUAUCUUGGAUUAUGUACAGAUGGAUUCAAUCCAUUUGGGAUGUCUCAUAAUCAUUCGCUGUGGCCUGUGAUCUUGACUCCGUACAAUCUGCCCCCGGGUAUGUGCAUGAAAACGGAGUACUUGUUUCUUACAAUUCUAAAUUCUGGGCCAAAGCAUCCGCGAGCUAGUCUUGAUAUCUUCCUCAAACCUCUGAUUGCGGAGCUAAAAGAAUUGUGGUUAACUGGAGUUGAAGCAUACGAUGUGUCCUUGAAUCAAAAUUUUAACCUAAAAGCCGUGCUUUUGUGGACGAUAAGCGACUUUCCGGCGUACGGCAUGCUUUCCGGAUGGACGACCCAUGGUAAAUUGGCAUGUCCAAUUUGCAUUGAAGAUACAAAGGCUUUUUAUCUGCCUAAUGGAAGGAAGUCGUGUUGGUUUGAUUGUCACAGAAGAUUUCUUCCUUGUAAUCAUCCACUAAGGAAGAAUAAAAAGGAUUUCUUGAAGGGAAAACACGCCUUAAAUGAAUUUCCACCUGAUUCUUUAACUGGUAAGCAAGUUUAUUCUGAACAGUUAAAAGGUGUUGAACCACCAAAAAAGUCUUCUUGCGGUGGAAACGGUCAUGAAAAGAAGAAGUUUGGAUAUGGAAAGUACCAUAAUUGGCACAAGGAAAGCAUAUUUUGGGAGUUGCCAUACUGGAGGGAUCUAAUCCUUCGACAUAAUCUUGAUGUGAUGCAUAUUGAGAAGAAUUUCUUUGACAACAUAAUGAAUACUCUUAUGAAUGUGAAGGGUAAAUCGAAAGACACAAUCCAGUCACGAUUGGAUAUAUCAGAGAUUUGUGAUCGGUCACACUUACAUGUUGAUGAUGAUGGUCAAGCUCCAUUUCCUCCCUACACAUUAGACGAAGCCGGGAAAAAAAGUUUAUUGGAAUGUGUGAAAUGUGAAGUUAAAUUCCCCGACGGUUAUGCUUCAGACUUAGCUAAUUGUGUUGAUAUAGAGAACAACAAGUUCUCUGGCAUGAAGAGUCAUGACUGUCAUGGUGGAGGAACUAUGGCAAAACGAGUAGAAGGGAUGUUGCAAGGAAGGUUGAAGCAGUCUGCGCCUGUUGUUCCUGCUGCGCGAGAGCAGCCUGUUGAGCAGCAUCCUGCUGAGCUUGGAUGGUCCACUGCAUCUGAAGCAUCUACUGUUGCAUCUGUUGCAACUGAGCAGUGA